AUGGUGGUCAUGGCGGGGGUCACGGAGGUGGACAUCAUCAUGGCGGUCACGGCGGUGGACAUUCUCACGGCGGUCAUGGUGGUCAUGGCGGCGGUCACGGAGGUGGACAUCAUCAUGGCGGUCACGGUGGUGGACAUUCUCACGGCGGUCAUGGUGGUCAUGGCGGCGGUCACGGAGGUGGACAUCAUCAUGGUGGUCACGGUGGUGGACAUUCUCACGGCGGUCAUGGUGGUCAUGGCGGGGGUCAAGGAGGUGGACAUCAUCAUGGUGGUCACGGUGGUGGACAUUCUCACGGCGGUCAUGGUGGUCAUGGCGGCGGUCACGGAGGUGGACACCAUCAUGGCGGUCAUGGCGGUCACUGGGGUGGACAUUCCCAUAGUGGUCAUGGAGGUGGACAUUCGGGUGGUGGUUGGGGAGGCCGCUGAUGAUAAGAUUAUCUAUCAAUGGAAUAGUUGAUGAGCUAGUUCUUAGCGCCCGGUUACUAUGAUUACCAAUGAAAUCAGAGUGGCUAUUUUUACCCUGUUCCCAUGCGGCUUCAUCUGCAAAUAAAUUAUCUUUUC